AAUAACUUAUCAAGAAAACAUUGUGGACGUCAUAUUAAUAUAAUUAUGAGUGACAUAUCAGUAUUGUCAGACUUAGAAAAUAGUUAUAACAUAAUGAAUAAUUUGUCUAAAGAAAAUAUAAAAAAACAUGACAUAAGUAUUUCCGAUCAAUUAGCAGAUUUUGAAAAAUUACGCAUAUCUGCUCUAACAAAAGCUGCUGAAAUUAGUCCUUUGGUCAAGGAAGUAACAAUCGGUCCCAAGAGUCCUUUGAAAAAUAUGACGACAAAAGAAAACAAGCCCGUUAAUAAGGAUGAUAACGAUUUAAAUUUGCUAGAAGAUAAAAUUGGUGAGGAUCUCCGUUAUACACUUAUGUUGAAGGAGUACGAAUCAAAAUUAUUGGAGUCUUCAGAGGAGUUGUUUAAAAAUUUGAUAGAAAAAAUGAUAGCAAAACACACUGAGAGUAUGAGAACAUUCUGGAAGAAACAGAGUGAAGAAAGCGAACGGAAAGCUUUAGAAAUGCGUGCGAAAAGGUUACAGAUGGUGAAGCAGUUGCAGGAAAAUGACAAUUUGUCUGUAUUAGACAAAGCUAAACUAGAUGAGAAAAACUGCCAAAUUAUAAACAAGUCUACUAUUGAAAACAUGAACCGAAUAUUGGAAGAACAAAACAAAGCAGCCAGCAGAUUUGCUGGUAUUACAGAUAGUCGUACAAAAGUCUGUAUCUGUUAUAAUGAUAUUUGUAAUAUAUUAAACUCUGAACCUCAUGCAAAGACUAUAUAUGACAAAUAUGUAACAUCUAUCAAUGCAAUAAUUGGAAAUGUAAAUGCAAUAAUGGAUCUUUGUAAAUCUGGUAUUAUUACUGACAAAGAAGUUAAACAGGCAGAAAUAUUAUCUGUAAAUAUUGAAAACAUACAAAGAAAGAUAUUGGAGGAUUUGAAUGAAAUUAAACAGAAGGAGGAGGAGGCUAAAAAGAAAGAAAUUGAGGAGCAAAGAAUUCAAAAAGAAAAUGAGAUUAAAAAAUCAAUAAAUGAGAAUAUAGAAAAAACAGACACAACAAUUGAACAACCCAAGAAAACAAUACCAAUGUUUUACUCUUCCAAAAAUUAUGCUUAUUUUGUUGAAUUACGAGACUUUUUAAAUGCAUACGAGAGCACCUAUAAGGAUCUGUUAGAAAAUACAAACUUAAAAAAAUUCCGAUUUGAUUGCCAGAAGGCUGUUAAUACACCAGUGAAUGCUUUGUCUUCAGUAAGUGGUGCACACAUAAGAGAUAAAUUUGAUAAAUUAUACAAAUUACUGAGAGGUGAGCGGGUGCAGGUUUUGGAUACUUAUGUACAAGCUACACAGCAUCCACAAGGAUUGAAUUAUUGUACUGCUUUAUUAGCUAAAAAGAUAGUAAGACAAGGAGAUCUAUUAGUAUCAAGUAAUCCUGAGGCAGCUUUUCCACUUGCAGCAGUUGCUGUAGCACUAUGGUCACAAUUUCCAGAGUUUGGAAAACUUCUAGAAGCUAAUUUCCAUAGACAGUGCCCUUACUUGGUACCAAUGUUAUUGCCACAAAAACAAGGACAAACUGAUAAAGAAUUCUAUAUAUCAAGAGGUUAUUCCUACAAUGAGGAUGGUGCUGUUGAGAAACAAGAUAAGUUUUUGAAAAGAAUGUCUGGCAUAUUUCAGCUUUGUUGUGCUAUUUGGAUCGCAAAGAUGCCUAAAUUUGUUAACACUCCUAAUCCUCAUGGCUUAAGUCAUGGUUGGAAAUGGCUUGCCUCUUUUAUCAACCUAAAACCAGAACCCGACAUCUGUGCAACACUUCUUCAUGAUUUCUUCUCUGUCUGUGGUUCUGAAUUUUAUAGGAAUUACAAAAAACAAUUUGUUAAAAUCAUUAAAUUGAUUAGUUCCGACUACCUUAAAAUUCUAGAGAACAUAGAUGAAGGUGGUCCAAAGACAAGAUUGGAAGUGUAUUUACAAAAUGUUUUAAAAACUGGCCAAGUACCGCCACCUAGCGGUCUUUUGCCUCCCAAUACUUGGUAGCUUUUAAGUGCAAAUGAAAUUUGAUAUGUAAGAAAAAAAAGUGCAGAAUUUGAAACAAUCAAGUAAAAU